AUGUCCUUCUGUAGUGUGUGCCCGAGCGCUGCCGCUCUCUGCAGCGCACGACCAGCAGUCCCUUCGCGAUGCAGGCAUGCUGUUGCGCGGGUCUACCCUGAGCGCUGCUCGGACGCUAGGUCCGCCCCGGACGACCAUGCGGCGGCCGUGAGCAGACGGGCAGUACUUGCGAUCGCUGCAGCGGCGCCGUGCCUGCUGCGGCCGCGGUCUGCGCUGGCCGGCGAGGAGCAGGACGAGGACGAGUACGAGUACGUGGAGGUCGAAGAGAUAGGCGGCACGCCGACGCCGGACAGCAAGGUGCUGGACAUAGACGGGGAGCAGUUCGUGAGCCUCGAGUGGGCAGCGAUCGUCCCGAACGGCUUCAAGGAGGCCCCGAUCCCAACCCGGAAAAACACCAUCGGGCAGCGGGCCUCGGGGCUGUUCGACACCAACCCGAACGCCGCGAAGGAGAACAGCCCCGUGAAGGCGGUGUGGGUGCUCGAGGGCCGCCCGGACGUGUCCCUAUCCGUCGUGCAGCAAACGGCGUCAUCCAUCAAGCCCACGUUCACUCAGCUGACCGACAUCUCGCAGUGGGGCUCGCUCGAGGACGCCGCGAGGAUCGUUCUCCCGCGCGGCAGCAGGCUCGUGUCUUCCAAGGUCAUCGCCCUGGACCUCGGGGAGAAGGACACAGGUACCGUGCGCGGGAAGGUCAAGCAGGACCUGCGCAACGUGUACCGGUACGAGUUCGUGGCGUCGAACGGCCGGCGCGUGGCGAUGGCCGUCGCGGCGCUGCGCGGGGAGGUGUUCUUCUUCAACUCGUUCGGGGACGACGCCGCGUGGAAGGACAAGGCCACGCGGCGGAAACUGCGCGGCGCCGCGGACAACUUCCGCGUCCUCGACAAGCCCAUGUUCUGA